UCUUCAUCCUCCUCACUCACUCAUCACUCGUUCUCUCUCGAGUUUGUUGCUGAGUUUGAGGCCAUCCCUGCAUCACCAUCACAUCUGUCAUGUCUCGCACCAGUUUCUCCUCCAGUGGAUCCAUGCGUUCCAUGGGCGGUGGUGGUGGUGGCUAUGCGAGUGGUGGUAGAGCCAUGAGCGUUUAUGGAGGAGCUGGUCAACAUGGUGUACGGGUCUCCAGUGGCCCAGUGCUCCUCGGCUCUGCAGCUGGAGGUGGCUAUGGUGCAGGUGGUGGCUUCAGUGUAGGUGGAGGUUUUGGUGCAGGCGGUGGGGGCUUUGGUGCAGGCAGUGGCUUUGGUGCAGGCAGUGGCUUUGGUUUUGGCUCCGGAGGAGCUGGAGGUGGUUUCAACCUCGGUGAUGCUGUUGAUGUCUCAGCCAAUGAGAAGCUGACAAUGCAGAACCUGAAUGAGCGUCUGGCAUCCUACCUGGAGAAGGUGCGCUCAUUGGAGAAGGCCAACGCUGAUCUGGAAAUCAAGAUUCGGCAGUUCCUAGAGGGCAAGACCUCACCUGCAGCCCGAGACUACUCUGCCUACUUUGCCACCAUCAGUGACCUCCAGGGCAAGAUCCAGGAUGCCAUACUCAUCAAUGGAGGCAUUUACCUCAACAUCGACAACGCCAAGCUCGCCGCCGACGACUUCAGAGUCAAGUAUGAGAACGAGUUGGCGAUGAGGCAGUCGGUGGAGGCCGACAUCGCCGGGUUGAGGAGAGUCCUGGACGAGCUGACGUUGGCUAGAUCUGAUCUGGAGAUGCAGAUUGAGAGUCUAAAGGAGGAGUUAGUCUACCUCAAGAAGAAUCAUGAGGAGGACCUCAUUGCUGCAAGGUCUCAGAUGAGUGGUCAAGUCCAUGUGGAAGUUGAUGCCAAACCACAGGAAGAUCUCAACAAAAUCUUGGCUGAAAUCCGUGAGCACUAUGAAGCUGCCGCCGCUAAAAGCCGCCGAGAGCUUGAAUCUUGGUUCCAGAACAAAAGUGAGGCGCUGACCAAAGAAGUCACUGUCAACACGGAAACACUGCAGAGCAACAAAUCGGAACUGACUGAGGUGAAACGCACACUGCAGGGGCUGGAGAUCGAGCUGCAGUCACAACUCAGCAUGAAAGCAUCGCUGGAAAACACGCUAGCAGACACACAGGCACGCUAUGCCGCCAAACUUGGAGGCUACCAGCAGCAGGUAACAAGUAUGGAGGGGCAGCUGGUGCAGCUUCGUGCUGAUCUGGAGCGUCAGUCUCAGGAGUAUCAGAUGCUGUUGGACAUCAAGACCAGACUGGAGAUAGAGAUCGCUGAGUACAGGAGACUGCUGGACGGAGAAGCUAGUGGAAGCGCCUCCAGCUCCAGCUCCAGCUCCACGCGUAAAGUGGUGAUAGUGGAGGAGGAGACGGUGAAUGGCAAAGUGGUCAGCUCCACCUCCAAAUCCAUCACAGAGAAACAUUGAGGAAACAUCACAAAUAAUUUGAACAUGAGCAAAAAUCAUGAAUUAUAACAACAAACAUCAAUAAAGUGUUCAAACAUUUAAA